CCGCCAGCCUUCGAGCCUGACGCGCGUCUCCAUUUCUUUACAUUGACUUCUUCGGCUUUCCGUUUUCCUCUCUUGGGGAGGGGCGGGACUUCCUGUUUCACAGCCUAGUGACUUCCGCCAAUAGCUGAUAGACUAAAAACAACAGGCACACAGGUCGGCCGGCCAGUCGGGAGAUAAAAAGGGACCUAGGCGUGGGUUCUACUAAGCCAGAGCCAAGACCUUGCUUUUCGGUCAUGGCGUCCCCCGCUCUGUCCGCGAAGAAGUCCUCGGAACCGCCGGAAGUCGCUCAGCGGAGAGACAGGAAGUCCCUCCCCUUCCUCCCAGAGGGAAGACGGUGAGCCGGAGGAGUCAGUCAGAGGGGUGAGCAGGAGCGAUUCCGUCGGCAAACAGGUUAUGAGUGCCAACUGAGCCACAAGAUACCUCUUCAGCACCUUGUUAACGAUGGACACUGAGAAGAAGCCAGAGAGUGAUGAGGAUGACAACAUAGACAAAGAGGCAGAAGACUUGAGAAUAAGCUUGUCCCCUGGUGUAGACUGUGGGCCUGUUUCGGAGGGGAUUGCAGGUCCCUUGGAGAACUCCACACGCAAAAGAGGGUUUGCAGAAGCUUCAGCCUUUGACAGUGUUGUCGUGGAGGAAGAUGGGGAUCAACACGCUGCCAAACGAAUGAAGCUAGCAGAGGCAGGGUCCUCCCACCCUGGGGAGCAGAGCAUCUAUGGGUCAGGAAGUUCUGAGGCCGCAGGCCCGGGAGUGGGUGUCCCGUCUGAGGGGACAGUGACGGAGGCCCUCCUGAGCCAUGUGGACGGAGGUGUGAGUGCCUGCAGCAGGAGCACUGGGGACGCUGAGGACAGGCCUUCUGAGGACAUGGUUUUCCUUGAUCCAGGAGGAGUGCCCUCCUUCCCUCUGGAGGAGAGGGGUGUGAGCUGCAUCCCAAGGGGUGCGGGCGCAGCUCCCAAGGAUGGCCCCUGUGACCAGCUGUCCUCCUGCCCUGACCUGGACCUGGAGUGUCAACCACAGCAGCCCAGGGAGCACACCUGUGGCCACUGUGACCACCAGGCAGAGAGCAGUGCGGCGCUAUACACACACGUCCAACAGAUGCAUGGGCACAGGGUCUUUUCUUGUGACCUCUGUGGCUUUCAGUGCGUGGAGGAGAACCUGCUGAACGCACAUUAUCUCGGCAAAACACAUCUCCGGCGUCAGAACCUUGCUGCUCGUGGGGGCUUUGUACAGAUCCUAACCAAACAACCCUUUCCCAAGAAGCCAUGUCCCAUGGGAUCAAAAAAUGUUCGCACCAAACCAAGGCCUUCUAAACCAGUUGCAAAGAAUGGUGAUUCAAAAGGAUUACGAAGUGUUACAAGCAAAUUCAAAGAUUUCAGAGGAAGCAUUUCUAAACAGAGUGGAAGCAGCAGUGAGCUGCUGGUUGAAAUGAUGCCCUCCAGGAAUACCCUGUUGGAAAAAGUAGAGAUUAUUGAAGAAAAUGCAGCCUCCCUUUGUGUGGCUAAGAAUCCUGAAAAUCAGAGUAAAAAGUUAGGAGCUUUAGUCACCUCGGAGGGUCUCCAAGAUAAACUGGAAUCUACUAGAAAUACCCUCCAGGCAGCCCACAGUAUUGGUUCGACCUCAAGACUGAGAUCCGAGAGAAACAUCCUCAUGUUGGGCAAUAGCUUGCGACGGCGCAGUGGCACUUUCACCCUAAAGGGCCAGGUGAGGAAGCGGUUCAGUCUCUUAGGAAUUAGUAAAAGAGGCACUAAUGAAACUCAGAGGCUGUAUAUGAAACACUUUAGAGCACAGAUGAAGACAAGUGAUGCUGGGUCAACACCUCAGCUUCUAGAAACCAGUGGCAGUGUCCCCAGUCUGUGCACAACAUCCUCAGAAACCCAGGAGCUGGAGCAGGACAGGAGAAACACCCACCUUCUGUGCUCCUUUGACUCUUCAACGGUGAGGCCAGCUUCUGACCACCCGGUGCUGUGUGCUUGUACAGACUGUGGUCACACGGCCACAGAUAGGACAGAGUCAGAAAUCCACACACGAAGGUGCCACGUGGGAGAGAUGCAGUUUUGUUGCCAGACCUGUGGCUUUUCUGGUACGUGCAGGAAGGACUUGGAUGAGCACAUGCAUAGUCACCAGCAUCCACAGAAUGACUCUGGCCUCAGUUGUCACUGUUGUUCAUUUAUUUCCUCGAAUGAAGGGGAGCUGAGAGACCACAUGAAGGAAAAGCAUGGUAUGGGUUUUCUUUGCGCCCCUUGUAACCUGUUCUUCGUGUCUGAGAAAGACAUGGAGGAGCACAGAACAGCUGAGAAGCAUGUUUGCUUAUUGGUUCAGCCAAAGACUCCUCAGUCAUUUAGCAGUGAUUUGGUUUUACAGACUUUACCUUUAAGUACUUUAGAAUCAGAAAACACAGGUGAUCCUGUGAGUGAGUCAGGAAAAGCAGCUCAGGAAGAACCCAUUAAGUCCAGGGUGAGUCAUGGAAAUGACACGAGACAUUCAAGUAAGCCCCAGUUCCAGUGUAAGAAGUGUUUUUAUAAAACAAGAUCUUCCACUGUCCUCACAAGACACAUAAAACUCCGGCAUGGGCAGGACUAUCACUUUCUUUGUAAAGCAUGUAAUCUUUAUUCAUUGAGCAAAGAAGGAAUGGAGAAACACAUCAAGAGAAGCAAGCAUCUUGAAAAUGCUAAGAAAAAUAAUAUUGGCUUAAGCUUCGAAGAAUGUAUUGAAAGGAUCUGUAUAGGUGUAAAUGAUAAGAAAGAAGAGUUUAACAUUUCCGGAAAUGGAAGGAUCGAGGGCCAUGGAGAAGGUGUGCAGUUUCAGGAGCACUCCUAUCUUGAGGAGAGCAUCCUGCCCGCCCAGGAACUGUCACAGUCUGGGGUAGUCACCAAAGAGGCUGAAUUAGCUUUGACUGCUACUCCAAAGAGAGGGAGACCCAAAGGUAACAUCUCACGGACAUGUUCGCAUUGUGGCCUUUUGGCCUCGAGUAUUACAAACUUGACUGUGCACAUUAGACGAAAACACAGUCACCAGUAUAGUUAUUUAUGCAAAGUGUGUAAGUAUUAUACUGUAACUAAAGGAGAUAUGGAGCGUCAUUGUGCCACCAAGAAGCAUAAAGGGCGUGUAGAAAUAGAAGCAAGUGGAAAACAAAGUUCAGAUAUCAUUGUUGGCCCCGAAGGGGGUAACCUUGAAGCAUGUGGGAAGAACGCCAGUUCCACAGUUUCAGAUGAACCCACUAACAAGGUGGCUGAAGCAGACACUUCCACCCCGGAAAAGCCAGUUCUGGAGCAUGGGAAUCCAGUUGAAGUCGACGUUGAAAAUGUACUUCAUUCUGUAGAUGGAGAAGCUAAUGGUCACCUUAUUCAGAAAAAGGACCAAAGCUAUCCAGAACCAGAGGACCUUGACCAUCAGGGGCCCACAUGCGCCCAGAGAGACGACAUGGGUACGGGUGAUAACAGAUGUGUGCACUGUGAGUUUAACGCUCACUCUUCUGCUUCCCUAGAACUGCACGUAAAGCGGAAACAUACAAAAGAGUUUGCCUUUUAUUGCAUGGCAUGUGAUUACUAUGCUGUGACUCGGCGGGAGAUGACCAGGCACGCAGCAACAGAAAAACACAAGAUGAAAAGGCAGUCUUACCUGACCUCUUCUAAUGGAGAAGCAAGUGCUGCUGAAAUGUCUGGAAGCACCCUUAUACCUGAAGAGCAGCAUCAACAACAUUCUGAAGAAUUUCAGGUCAUUUCGGAGCAACCCUCUGAAACCCUCAAAUCCAGAAAUGCUGCUGAUUGUUCUAUUUUGGGUGAGAAUACUAAUUUAGAUGCAUCUAAAGUACUCUGCACGCCGGACUCUGUAGAAAUUGAGACUGAGGAAGACUCUAAUCUCAGUGAAGGUCAUUCCUUUUGUGGGACUUUGCAACAGCCCCUGGCCAGGGAUAAAGUUCUGAAACCAGAGGAGAUGCUGUCCCUUAAUGUUUCCUCUAAUUAUGACUCCCCAAGCAAAUUUCAGAAUGAAAACACAGGAAGCUCAGCUUUGGAUUAUGAGACGACAAAGAAAAACCACAGCGUGUUGAAUGACAUCAGUGAUCCAAACACACUUUUCGAGAGUGAUGGGGGCGAUAAGGCAGAUCAAGUACUUGGCAAGCGUGUGUGUCCUGGAGCUCCAGAUGGAGAGCAUUCAGCCGAGAACACCAUGAUGAGAGUGACCAGAGAACAACUCAGCCCUGUGACCAGUGGUCAGAACAGAGUUGAGAGCGUGCAGUGUUCAGGGGGUUUGAAUGAUGUGCCAGAAGAUCCUGUUCUGGAGAAUAAGGAGAUUGUGAUGAAUUCCCAACAUGAAACUAAAAUUAUUCUGGAAGAGGAUGGUCCAGCUUCUGAUAGCACCAUUGAAAAUAGUGAUGUUUAUGAAACUAUAAUCAGUAUUGAUGAUAAAGGACAGGCCAUGUACAGUUUCAGCCGAUUUGAUUCUUCCAUAAUUAGAAUAAAGAACCCUGAAGAUGGUGAACUUUUGGACCAGGCUGAAGAGGGACUAGUAGCCACAGGAGUGAGGAUGGGUGAGCUGCCCAUUAAGGACUGUGCUCAGGGUGGGAAAAAGAGGAAAUCUGAAGGCAGUUCCUUUGCUGAAUCCACGCGAAUUCGUUGUGAUGACUGCGGCUUCUUAGCAGAUGGGUUGAGUGGACUGAAUGUUCACAUAGCCAUGAAGCAUCCUACAAAAGAGAAACACUUCCACUGUUUACUGUGUGGAAAGUCAUUCUAUACAGAGAGCAACCUCCAUCAGCACUUGGCCAGUGCUGGUCAUCUGAGAAAUGAACAGGCCAGUGUCGAGGAGCUUCCCGAGGGAGGGGCCACCUUUAAGUGUGUCAAGUGCACUGAGCCCUUUGAUUCUGAACAGAAUUUAUUUCUGCAUAUUAAGGGGCAGCAUGAGGAACUGCUGCGAGAGGUGAAUAAGUACAUAGUGGAAGACACUGAGCAAAUCAACCGAGAGAGAGAGGAGAAUCAGGGGAAUGUUUGCAAGUACUGUGGGAAGAU